AUGGGGGAAGGAAGGGGAGAUGGGGGGGGGGGGGGGGGGGGGGGGGGGGGGGGGGGGGGGGGGGGGGGGGAGGGGGGGGGGGGGGGGGGGGGGGGGGGGGGGGGGGGGGGGGGGGGGGGGGGGGGGGGGGGGGGGGGGGGGGGGGGGGGGGGGGGGGGGGGGAGGGGGGGGGGGGGGGGGGGGGGGGGGGGGGGGGGGGGGGGGGGGGGGAGGGGGGGGGGGGGGGGGGGGGGGGGGGGGGGGGGGGGGGGGGGGGGGGGGGGGGGGGGGGAGGGGGGGGGGGGGGGGGGGGGGGGGGGGGGGGGGGGGGGGGGGGGGGGGAGGGGGGGGGGGGGGGGGGGGGGGGGGGGGGGGGGGGGGGGAGGGGGGGGGGGGGGGGGGGAGGGGGGGGGGGGGGGGGGGGGGGGGGGGGGGGGGGGGGGGGGGGGGAGGGGGGGGGGGGGGGGGGGGGGGGGGGGGGGGGGGGGGGGGGGAGGGGGGGGGGGGGGGGGGGGGGGGGGGGGGGGGGGGGGGGGGAGGGGGGGGGGGGGGGGGGGGGGGGGGGGGGGGGGGGGGGGGGGGGGGGGGGGGGGGGAGGGGGGGGGGGGGGGGGGGGGGGGGGGGGGGGGGGGGGGGGGGGGGGGGGGGAGGGGGGGGGGGGGGGGGGGGGGGGGGGGGGGGGGGGGGGGGGGGGGGGGGGGGGGGGGGGGGGGGGAGGGGGGGGGGGGGGGGGGGGGGGGGGGGGGGGGGGGGGGGGGGGGGGGGGGGGGAGGGGGGGGGGGGGGGGGGGGGGGGGGGGGGGGGGGGGGGGAGGGGGGGGGGGGGGGGGGGGGGGGGGGGGGGGGGGGGGGGGAGGGGGGGGGGGGGGGGGGGGGGGGGGGGGGGGAGGGGGGGGGGGGGGGGGGGGGGGGGGGGGGGGGGGGGGGGGGGGAGGGGGGGGGGGGGGGGGGGGGGGGGGGGGGGGGGGGGGGGGGGGGGGGGGGGGGGGGGGGGGAGGGGGGGGGGGGGGGGGGGGGGGGGGGGGGGAGGGGGGGGGGGGGGGGGGGCGGGGGGGGGGGGGGGGGGGGAGGGGGGGGGGGGGGGGGGGGGGGAGGGGGGGGGGGGGGGGGGGGGGGGGGGGGGGGAGGGGGGGGGGGGGGGGGGGGGGGGGGGGGGGGGGGGGGGGGGGGGGGGGGGGGGGGGGGGGGGGGGGGGGGGGGGGGGGGGGGGGAGGGGGGGGGGGGGGGGGGGGGGGGGGGGGGGGGGGGGGGGGGAGGGGGGGGGGGGGGGGGGGGGGGGGGGGGGGGGGGGGGGGGGGGGGGGGGGGGGGGGGGGGGGGGGGGGGGGGGGGGGGGGGGGGGGGGGGGGGGGGGGGGGGGGGGGGGGGGGGGGGGGGGGGGGGGGGGGGGGGGGGGGGGGGGGGGGGGGGGGGGGGGGGGGGGGGGGGGGGUGGGGGGGGGGGGGGGGGGGGGGGAGGGGGGGGGGGGGGGGGGGGGGGGGGGGGGGGGGGGGGGGGGGGGGGGGGGGGGGGGGGGGGGGGGGGGGGGGAGGGGGGGGGGGGGGGGGGGGGAGGGGGGGGGGGGGGGGGGGGGGGGGGGGGGGGGGGGGGGGGGGGGGGGGGGGGGGGGGGGGGGGGGGGGGGGGGGGGGGGGGAGGGGGGGGGGGGGGGGGGGGGGGGGGGGGGGGGGGGGGGGGGGGGGGGAGGGGGGGAGGGGGGGGGGGGGGGGGGGGGGGGGGGGGGGGGGGAGGGGGGGGGGGGGGGGGGGGGGGGGGGGGGGGGGGGGGGGGGGGGGGGGGGGGGGGGGGGGGGGGGGGGGGGGGGGGGGGGGGGGGGGGGGGGGGGGGGGGGGGGGGGGGGGGGGGGGGGGGGGGGGGGGGGGGGGGGGGGGGGGGGGGGGGGGGGGGGGGGGGGGGGGGGGGGGGGGGGGGGGGGGGGGGGGGGGGGGGGAGGGGGGGGGGGGGGGGGGGGGGGGGGGGGGGGGGGGGGGGGGGGGGGGGGGGGGGGGGGGGGGGGGGGGGGGGGGGGGGGGGGGGGGGGGGGGGGGGGGGGGAGGGGGGGGGGGGGGGGGGGGGGGGGGGGGGGGGGAGGGGGGGGGGGGGGGGGGAGGGGGGGGGGGGGGGGGGGGGGGGGGGGGGGGGGGGGGGGGGGGGGGGGGGGGGGGGGGGGGGGGGGGGGGGGGGGGGGGGGGGGGGGGGGGGGGGGGGGGGGGGGGGGGGGGGGGGGGGGGGGGGGGGGGAGGGGGGGGGGGGGGGGGGGGGGGGGGGGGGGGGGAGGGGGGGGGGGGGGGGGGGGGGGGGGGGGGGGGAGGGGGGGGGGGGGGGGGGGGGGGGGGGGGGGGGGGGGGGGGGGAGGGGGGGGGGGGGGGGGGGGGGGGGGGGGGGGGGGGGGGGGGGGGGGGGGGGGGGGGGGGGGGGGGGGGGGGGGGGGGGGGGGGGGGGGGAGGGGGGGGGGGGGGGGGGGGGGGGGGGGGGGGGGGGGGGGGGGGGGGGGGGGGAGGGGGGGGGGGGGGGGGAGGGGGGGGGGGGGGGGGGGGGGGAGGGGGGGGGGGGGGGGGGGGGGGGGGGGGGGGGGGGGGGGGGGGGGGGGGGGGGGGGGGGGGGGGGGGGGGGGGGGGGGGGGGGGGGGGGGGGGGGGGGGGGGGGGGGGGGGGGGGGGGGGGAGGGGGGGGGGGGGGGGGGGGGGGGGGGGAGGGGGGGGGGGGGGGGGGGGGGGGGGGGGGGGGGGGGGGGGGGGGGGGGGGGGGGGGGGGGGGGGGGGGGGGGGGGGGGGGGGGGGGGGGGGGGGGGGAGGUGGGGGGGGGGGGGGGGGGGGGGGGGGGGGGGGGGGGGGGGGGGGGGGGGGGGGGGGGGGGGGGGGGGGGGGGGGAGGGGGGGGGGGGGGGGGGGGGGGGGGGGGGGGGGGGGGGGGGGGGGGGGGGGGGGGGGGGGGGGGGGAGGGGGGGGGGGGGGGGGGGAGGGGGGGGGGGGGGGGGGGGGGGGGGGGGAGGGGGGGGGGGGGGGGGGGGGGGGGAGGGGGGGGGGGGGGGGGGGGGGGGGGGGGGGGGGGGGGGGGGGGGGGGGGGGGGGGAGGGGGGGGGGGGGGGGGGGGGGGGGGGGGGGGGGGGGGGGGGGGGGGGGGGGGGGGGGGGGGGAGGGGGGGGGGGGGGGGGGGGGGGGGGGGGGGGGGGGGGGGGGGGGGGGGGGGGGGAGGGGGGGGGGGGGGGGGGGGGGGGGGGGGGAGGGGGGGGGGGGGGGAGGGGGGGGGGAGGGGGGGGGGGGGGGGGGGGGGGGGGGGGAGGGGGGGGGGGGGGAGGGGGGGGGGGGGGGGGAGGGGGGGGGGGGGGGGGGGGGGGGGAGGGGGGGGGGGGGGGGGGGGGGGGGGGGGGGGGGGGGGGGAGGGGGGGGGGGGGGGGGGGGGGGGGGGGGGGGGGGGGGGGGGGGGGGGGGGGGGGGGGGGGGGGGGGGGGGGGGGGGGGGGGGGGGGGGGGGGGGGGGGGGGGGGGGGGGGGGGGGGGGGGGGGGGGGGGGGGGAGGGGGGGGGGGGGGGGGGGGGGGGGGGGGGGGGGGGGGGGGGGGGGGGGGGGGGGAGGGGGGGGGGGGGGGGGGGGGGGGGGGGGGGGGGAGGGGGGGGGGGGGGGGGGGGGGGGGGGGGGGGGGGGGGGGGGGGGGGGGGGGGGGGGGGGGGGGGGGGGGGGGGGGGGGGGGGGGGGGGGGGGGGGGGGGGGGGGGGGGGGGGGGGGGGGGGGGGGGGGAAACAGAGAGAGAUAA